UGAAUUUUGGAGUUAAAAUACACGCGUCAUAAUGUGUUUAUUUAUAUAAUACGUGUCUUGUCCGCUCGAUUUCAAUUUGUUCCAGUUAGAGCUCUAAACAUUUUAUUUUGAUGUAGGAGUGUUAGAUCGGAAUAUCAUAUCGGUGUGGUGAUUAAUGGAGAAAUAUCAUAUCGGUGUGGUGAUUAAUGGAGAAAUAUAAACAUGGUAUACUAAUGUAAAUACUGUGGAUAACGUGUAUACAUAAAAAACUAGGUUUUCCGCUUAGAAUGGGCUGCAGUAACAGCACAAGCGUCCGCCGAUCAACCUUCAAACCUAAAGGUCGGCCAUGUAAGGCGGGCUAUGUGGUUUACAGUGAUGGAAGCAACAAGUGGAAAAAGGUGUUCCUGGUGCUGUUCCAGGACUCCACGAUUGCCUGGUUCGAGUCGCCCAAAAGAAAGACGCCCAUAGCGUAUACCGUGCUUAAGGACGUCUGCAGCAUGCUGGUAGUGGGUCCCGUCUGCAAGAGGAUCCCUAACUCUCCCCAGAAGAUCCCCAAGAAGUUAAGCUACAGUUACAUGAUAGCGUUCCCGCAGUGGGUCCAGCCGGGGAUGAUGCCAUGGAGAGAAAGAGCCAUUCCUUUGCAUUUCUUUUUGUGUCCGAACGGGGAUUCCAUGGGGUCGUGGAUGACAAAUAUGUCUACCGUGUUACCGCCUACGAAUUAUUCUAAAAUGGCACCCGCGCCUCCUUAUAGCGGCGUCACCCCAAGCGCCCCGCAGUACCAACGGCCGCCCGUGAUGAAUCCUGGUCACCAACAGACGACGAUUGUAAAAAAACGGAGGAAAGGCUUGAGCGGUGGUAAAAACUUUACUCAUGGAUUCCUGGCCGGCGCCGUUUUAGGGUAUGGUUUCGGCGGCCCGUGGCGUUGGGGCUGGGGCUGGGGUUGGGGCUACCAUCCUGGGUUCGGUUGGGGCUAUGAAGACUAUGAUAUGGACGUUGACGUUGACGUCGAUGUUCACGUUGACGUAGAUAACGUCGACAUUGGCGAUGACGCGGCACACUUUGGAGGGGGCGAUUUCCAGGAUUAUGACCCGGGGCAAGGGGAUGUAAAUUUCGAUGCCGACGGCGGGGGCUAUGGAGGCGACGCCGGUGGCGGUAGCGCAUGCGGCGGUGGUGAUAGCGGUGGUGAUGGUGGCGGUGGUUGUGGUGGAGGCGGGGAUGGUGGUGGCGGCGGAGAUGGUGGUGGUGGCGGCGGCGGAGGCGAUGGUGGUGGCGGCGGCGGUUGUGGUGGUGGAUGUGGUGGAGGUUGUGGCGGUGGCUGAGGCGGUUAGAGUUACUUGGAAUUACAAUAAAAUGCGUCGAUGACACGUAUUUUUAUAGAAAAAAAAAACAUUUACGAGUGUGUAUGUGCUGCUAUCUGCAGACUAUUUAACACGUGAAUUUAAAAAAAGCAGCUUUCUUUGAUCUGUGAUAUGAUAUUUUAUAUUAUUAAUUUUUAUGUUCGAUGCACAUUUUAGUUUGAAAUAUAUUAAAUACAGUUUUUUUCCGUCCCUAAUAAUAUUUUUCAAGCAAUGGAAGUAUGUACUGGUAUAAAGCAUAUAUAUUAUCUAUUGUUUCAAUAAAAAUCAACUCACAUGUGUAUUAUUAAGUUUAUUAUAUAGCACGUAUCCAGGUAAUCGUGUUUGUUCUUAAAUUGUUUUUAUUUCCACUCGAUAACUAUUUAAAUAACAAAAAUGUCCAUAACAACGACUAUACUUUCGUUUGUUUUAUAGCCCCAAAGGAGGUAGUAUAUAGUAGACGCAUCGUCCACCCGUGUUUAAAUGUGUGUCGAGAACUUCAAAGCAGUGGCUCCUCUUUCAUGUGAAAACUCGGAAUUACAAGAAGCAUACGCAUACGCAUAUAUGUGUCAGCUCAUAUUUUAUAAUAUCAAAAUGAUAUUAACAUUAUUGGUUUCGUUGGAGAUGUUUAAGAAGGGUUUUGACCUAGUUUCUUGCGAUGAUUCUACGAAGCGGGAACAUUGAAUGCCUUUAUAUUUGUAGUUUAUGAAAUGCUACUAAAAAUAGCGGGUUAAUUUAUUGCAAUUAUUGGCGGAUAUUAAAAUUUGCAUAGUUAAUUAAAAUACACAGACUCAAAACAACGUUUAAGACACGU